AUGGCUGCUCAAGCUUCGUCGCUGCAUCCGCCCAGACUGGCGCAUACCUUUGUGGGUACUCCGAGUGCACCUGGCACUCCGGUGCACUCAAUCCAAACAAUGCGGAGGAAAUCCGCAGGGCACAGUGGUCCUCUUACGAAGAUUCUUGUGGCAAAUCGUGGUGAAAUUGCGAUCCGAGUUUUUCGUACGGCCCAUGAACUUGCAAUGCAUACAGUUGCGAUCUAUUCUUUCGAAGAUCGCCUUUCAGCCCAUCGUCAGAAGGCCGAUGAAGCUUAUCAAGUCGGGAAAGGAUUAACUCCCGUUGGAGCAUACCUUGCGCAAGACGAUAUCAUCAGGAUCGCAUUGGAACAUGGCGUUGACAUGAUUCAUCCAGGUUAUGGUUUCUUGUCCGAAAAUGCAGAGUUUGCACGGAAAGUCGAGCAAGCCGGAAUCGCGUUCGUAGGUCCAUCUCCAGAAGUCAUUGAUGGACUUGGUGAUAAGACAAAAGCCCGCACGCUUGCCAUGAAAGUUGGAGUCCCUGUCGUGCCUGGAACUCCUGGACCAGUUGAUACAUACCAGGACGGUGAUGCAUUCAUCAAAGAAUACGGAUUCCCAGUUAUUAUCAAAGCUGCCAUGGGCGGUGGUGGACGUGGAAUGCGUGUUGUCCGCGAGCAAUCCGAUUUCAAAGAUGCCUUUGAACGCGCAGUCAGCGAAGCCAGGUCUGCCUUUGGAGAUGGCACGGUUUUCAUUGAGCGUUUCCUUGAACGCCCCCGACACAUUGAAGUCCAGAUUCUUGCAGAUGCACAAGGAAACACGAUUCACCUCUUUGAGCGAGAUUGCUCAGUGCAAAGAAGGCAUCAAAAGGUUGUCGAAGUUGCUCCCGCGACCCAUCUUCCAGAAGAAAUCAGGCAGGCUAUUUUAUCAGACGCAAUCAAGCUCGCGAAGAGUGUGGGAUACAGAAAUGCUGGGACUGCAGAGUUCUUGGUCGACCAAAUGGGCAGACACUAUUUCAUUGAGAUCAAUCCUCGUAUUCAAGUCGAGCAUACGAUCACUGAGGAGAUCACUGGUAUCGACAUCGUUGCUGCCCAAAUUCAAAUCGCAGCCGGCGCCACCCUCCCCCAACUCGGUCUUAGCCAGGAGGCUAUCACUCGUCGCGGGUUCGCGAUACAGUGUCGUAUUACAACGGAAGAUGCAGCACAGGGCUUCCAACCCGACACGGGUAAGAUCGAAGUAUACCGCAGUGCCGGUGGUAAUGGAGUGCGUCUCGAUGCAAGCUCUGGUUUCGCUGGUGCGCAAAUCACUCCUCACUACGACAGUCUUCUCGUGAAAUGUAGUGUUAGUGGUACAACGUAUGAGGUAGCUCGCAGAAAAAUGCUGCGUGCGUUAGUCGAAUUCCGUAUUCGUGGUGUUAAGACGAACAUACCCUUCCUAUUCCGACUUCUGACCCAUGAUGUCUUCAUCGGAGGCAAGACGUGGACGACAUUUAUCGACGACACGCCCGAAUUGUUCAAACUGGUUCAAAGCCAAAACCGAGCACAAAAACUCCUCGCUUAUCUUGGUGACCUUGCAGUCAAUGGUAGCUCCAUUAAAGGUCAAAGCGGGGAACCUGGGCUUAAGGAUGAGGUUGUCAUCCCUAAAUUCCAGAAUCGCGAGGAUCCAGAAAAUGGCGCCCCUCUCGAUGCAACUUUCCCCUGUCAGGUCGGUUGGCGCAAUAUCAUCGUAGAGAAGGGUCCCGAAGCUUUCGCAAAAGCUGUGCGAGAAUAUCCCGGGACACUCAUCAUGGAUACAACAUGGCGUGAUGCUCACCAAUCCUUACUCGCUACUCGCCUGAGGACAAUCGAUAUGGAGAACAUUGCAAAAGAGACGAGUUAUGCCCUUGCAAACGCAUUCAGUCUGGAGAUGUGGGGUGGAGCAACGUUUGACGUUGCCAUGCGUUUCUUGUACGAAGAUCCUUGGGAGCGCCUGCGCACUCUCCGUAAAUUGGUGCCGAACAUCCCAUUCCAAGCUCUUGUUCGUGGUGCCAACGGCGUAGGAUAUACUAGCUACCCGGACAACGCUAUAUAUGACUUCUCGAAGAAGGCCGUAGAGAAUGGUCUUGAUAUUUUCCGAGUGUUCGACUCCUUGAACUACUUUGAAAACAUGAGAUUGGGUAUCGACGCCGCCAAGAAGGCUGGAGGUGUGGUCGAAGCUGUGGUUUGCUACAGCGGCGAUGUCGCGAACCCUAAGGAAACCAAGUAUACGUUGCAAUACUACUUGGACUUCAUUGACAAGUUAGUGCAAGAAGGCGUCCAUAUUCUUGGUGUAAAGGAUAUGGCCGGUCUGCUCAAACCUGAGGCUGCGAAGGUGCUUAUCGGCGCCAUCCGACAGAAAUAUCCUGACAUUCCCAUCCACGUUCACUCCCAUGAUACUGCCGGCAUUGCAGCUGCUAGCAUGCUUGCCGCCGCCGCCGCAGGUGCUGACAUCGUGGAUGUCGCUAUAGACAGCAUGUCUGGUUUGACCUCGCAGCCAUCCAUGGGUGCUGUUUGUAUGGCCCUCGAACAGACUCAGCUGGGCACAGGUAUUCGAUAUGCCGACAUACAAGCACUCAACCUGUACUGGAGUCAAGUUCGCAUUCUGUACGGUUGUUUCGAAGCCAACGUCCGUGCGUCUGAUUCGAGUGUGUUCGAUCAUGAAAUGCCAGGAGGGCAAUACACGAACCUUAUGUUCCAAGCUUCUCAGUUGGGCCUGGGCACUCAAUGGACACAGAUAAAGCAAAAGUACAUCGAAGCCAAUGCACUGUGUGGCAACAUAGUCAAGGUUACACCGUCUUCCAAAGUCGUGGGUGACUUUGCGCAAUGGAUGACCUCAAACUCGUUCACGAAAGAGGAUGUUCUUGCACGCGCCGAGCAGCUGGACUUCCCCUCGUCUGUCGUCGAGUUUUUCCAAGGAUAUCUUGGUCAACCUGUGGGAGGCUUCCCAGAACCACUUCGCAGCAAAAUUAUCAGGAACAAGCCGAGAAUUGACGGCCGUCCUGGUGCAACCAUGCAGCCCCUUGAUUUCAAGAAGAUCAAAGCUGAGCUGCGGAGUAAGUUUGGCAAACACAUUACGGAUGCAGAUGUUACUUCGUAUGUGAUGUACCCCAAGGUCUUUGAAGAGUAUCAAGGCUUCAUUGAGAAGUAUGGUGACCUGAGUGUCCUUCCCACACGCUAUUUCCUGGGUCGCCCGGCUAUCGGAGAAGAGAUGCACAUUUCUAUUGAAAAGGGGAAGACUCUCAUCAUCCGUCUGAUGGCAGUCGGUCCUGUUGUAGAAGGUCGUGCCCAACGUGACGUAUGGUUUGAAGUUAAUGGAGAGGUUCGGGCAGUGUCUGUGGAAGACAGUAAUUCUGCCGUGGAGACAGUUUCGCGGGAGAAGGCCACCUCUGACCCGGGAUCAGUUGGUGCCCCUAUGUCAGGUGUUGUCGUCGAAGUCAGGGUAAAGGAGGGACAAGAAAUCAAGAAAGGCGAUCCUCUGUGUGUCCUGAGUGCCAUGAAGAUGGAGUCUGCUGUCACUGCUCCAGUUUCUGGUCACAUCAAACGUGUUGUUGUAAACGAAGGCGAUUCCAUCAACCAGGGAGACUUGACUGUGGAAAUCGUCCACUAAAUUCAUAUUGUACUUGCAAGAAAGUUGUUUCCGACCACGAAGAAGAUUAUACAUUUGUAUCUUACAUGGAACCUGUGCCGCUAUCUACUAUUUCCAGAAAUCAUAUCAUGAUAGAUCUCACACUA